AUGGCAGACUGGUCAUUGCUUCCAAAAGACUUGCUGGAACUAAUCAAUGCUCGUUCUAAGACAUGCUUUGAGAUUGUUCACUUCCGCUCUGUCUGCAGCUCGUGGCGAUCAGCCAUACCUCGGCCAAGCUAUAGGCUCGGAUUAUGCCUUAAGCGCCUUCUACCUGUUUUCAACCACAAGCCUCGGUUUGAAAGCCAUACGCCGUGCAUGCUUAAAAAGAUUCCAGUUUUCCUCUUCAGAUUCCAGACUCCCUCUGGUACUGAUUUUCUGUUGAUUGAAAUGACCAAAGGAGAGUCAGGUGAACAGUUAUUGAUGUGCCCUUUUCAAGAUAGUCCUUGGAGAUAUAAAGAUGUGAUCACACUCAACACUCUAAGCUCUCAAAUCAUCCCAUUGGGUUAUUAUUACAAGAUAAACUUCUAUGCUAUAGCAAGUAGACGCCAUUUAACACGAAGUGAGAAUUAUACUAAGAGAGUUGCGUUUCUUCCUUUGGAUGGUGAAGAUGGUAAUAAAGCAUUUGCAGUAGUGGCUGGAGUGUUGGGGGAUUUAAUGAUGUAUAGAAGCUGUGACAAUGGAUGGACUAUAAUCAAGGGUUGGUUUAUAUAUUAUCAAGAUAUGGUUUCAUUCAAAGGCAAAUUUUAUGUUGUUAAUAAGAGUGGACGGGGACAUGUUUUCGUUAUCGAACCUUCAUUUAAAAUUACUGAGAUCCAACCAGUCACGUUGUCUCACGAGACUUAUGAUGAGAGACUGGUUGUCUCAGGAGAUGAGCUGUUGCUGGUUCAGAGAUUAACUCUAGGAAUGUAUUGUGAAGAAAAAUAUAAGCACUCUUGGUUUAGAUUGUUUAGGCUUGAAGAAGAAGAAGAAGAAGAAGGGCAGAGGAGAUGGGUUCGCAUUAAAGACAUAGAGGACAGAGUGGUGAUUCUUGGUUGUGACUGGAGUCUCUGCUGCUCGGCGAAAGAGCUUCCCGGUAUGAAAGAAAACUCCAUUGUGUUUAAUGAAUCGAAGUAUCGACAAGAGAGAAUCUUUGUGUGUGAAUUAAAAACCAUGAAGACCAGUGAUGCUUUUACUGAAUGUAGAGGCUAUAUGUUCGGAGAAAAUCGACAGUCUUUGUCAUCCUGUGGAAUGCUGACGCUCCGAAUCCAGCAGCCGGUUUUCUAUGACUCAUCAAGUGAUGAAUCUGAAAUAGACCCUCAGUGCAAAUGCUCGAAUGCCGUUGGUCUAUCUUGCGUCCAACUUUGA